AGCGCUUCAUCGCCGCAUCGCUCCUGCAGAUCUCAUAGCAGUGGUGAACAGGCAGGGAGCAGCGCGUUGGGAGGACGUAUGUCGAUUCGCCAAGGUGCCUGGAAGAUUGGAAGAAACGCUGCAAGGGACAGUUUUUAGAUAUUGCGAGGCCUGCCAAUUAGGUCUCCGUUCAGGGUCAAUUUCAUCGUUGUUUUCAUUCACUGUGAAAUAGAGCCUAUUAUUUAUCCUACAAGAUGGGCAAUCGGGGAAUGGAGGACUUGAUUCCUCUGGUAAACAGAAUGCAGGAUGCUUUCUCUGCCAUCGGACAAAAUGCCAACCUGGACCUUCCUCAGAUCGCGGUGGUCGGUGGCCAGAGUGCUGGAAAAAGCUCGGUAUUAGAGAACUUCGUUGGGAAGGACUUUCUGCCUCGUGGCUCUGGUAUUGUCACUCGGCGCCCCCUAGUGCUGCAGCUGAUCAACUGCCCUACUGAAUAUGCUGAGUUUUUGCAUUGCAAGGGGAAGAAGUUUACUGAUUUUGAUGAGGUUCGUCAGGAGAUUGAGGCAGAGACAGAUCGCAUCACCGGCCAAAACAAAGGCAUUUCACCUGUCCCUAUCAAUCUGCGCGUCUAUUCACCUCAUGUCCUGAAUCUCACCCUCGUGGACUUGCCUGGUAUGACCAAAGUGCCUGUAGGUGACCAGCCGGCUGACAUUGAGUUCCAAAUCAGGGAUAUGCUAAUGCAGUUUGUGACUAAGGAGAACUGCUUGUUGCUGGCUGUGUCUCCAGCAAACUCUGACCUGGCCAACUCAGAUGCCCUCAAGAUUGCCAAGGAGGUGGACCCUCAGGGUAUGAGAACUAUAGGUGUAAUCACUAAAUUGGAUCUAAUGGAUGAAGGAACUGAUGCACGUGAAAUCCUGGAGAACAAGCUUCUUCCUUUACGCAGAGGUUACAUUGGGGUUGUGAACCGCAGUCAAAAGGACAUUGAUGGCAAGAAGGACAUUACUGCUGCCAUGGCAGCAGAGAGGAAGUUCUUCCUCACCCACCCAGCCUAUCGACAUUUGGCCGAUCGUAUGGGGACUCCUUACCUGCAGAAAGUGCUUAAUCAGCAAUUAACUAAUCACAUCCGGGACACCCUGCCAGGACUGAGGAAUAAACUUCAGAGCCAAUUACUGUCCAUUGAGAAAGAGGUGGAGGAGUACAAGCAAUUCCGCCCCGAUGAUCCUUCUCGCAAAACCAAGGCUCUGCUACAGAUGGUGCAGCAGUUUGCAGUGGAUUUUGAGAAGUGCAUUGAGGGUUCAGGAGAUCAGGUGGACACAGUGGAGCUUUCCGGAGGUGCAAGGAUCAAUCGCAUCUUCCAUGAGCGCUUCCCCUUUGAGCUGGUUAAGAUGGAGUUUGAUGAGAAAGAGCUGCGUAAGGAGAUAAGUUACGCCAUCAAGAACAUCCACGGUAUCAGGACCGGUCUGUUUACCCCAGACAUGGCCUUUGAGACUAUUGUUAAACGGCAGAUUGCAAAGAUCAAAGAGCCAUGCCAGAAAUGUGUGGACCUGGUCAUCACUGAGCUGGUCAAUACGGUUAGGCAAUGCACCAAGAAGCUGGCUCAGUACCCCAUGCUUAGAGAGGAAAUGGAGAAAAUUGUCACCCAACACAUCCGUGAUCGGGAGAGCCGCACCAAAAAUCAGGUCAUGUUGCUAAUUGACAUUGAGUUAGCAUACAUGAACACCAAUCAUGAGGAUUUCAUCGGUUUUGCAAACGCCCAGCAGAGAAGCAGUCAGAUGAAUAAGAAGAAGACUGCUGGCAAUCAGGAUGAGAUAAUGGUGAUCAGAAAGGGUUGGCUAACCAUCAAUAAUAUUGGCAUCAUGAAAGGAGGAGCGAAGGAAUAUUGGUUUGUCCUGACCGCUGAGAAUCUUUCCUGGUACAAAGAUGAUGAGGUGAGUCCCCUCUGUUCCUCUGUCUGA